AUGUGUAGAAAAUUAUUAUUAGUGUUCGCGAUAUUUAUUUUAAGUGUUGGUAUAAAUGCGAAGGAUUUUAAAAGAAAUGCCAGUGCUGAAGUAAGAUCUACAAGCAAAAUGAAUCAGGACGAUGGGUCUGCGCUGGUUUUUGCUGAUGAGUUUAAGCAAGUGUUGGAGCGGCACAUGUUCGGGAUGUGCCCACAACCUUCUAUGUACCGUUGGUCGCAGAUAUCCAGCAGAAAGAACAACACUUUCUCGUGCGAUCCAAACGACGAGCAAGAUCUGGCUGGCAGGUUGUCAGCACUAGCGACGAAGCUAAACGCAAUCUCAGCCACCGAUUGCUCACGAUUCGGCAUCGCGCUCGCCAACACUCUCAACGAACUGGUUCAGGUUGCGAUUGACAGACAGGCGAUAGCUGCUGCUGCACACGAGAAAAAACGAAGACUAUCUAAAAGUCAAAAGGCAAAAAUCGCGGCAAAACAACGAACUGCACUAGCUGUCAGAAAGAGGGCGGCAGCCAACGCUGCUGCUGCCGCCGCUGCCGCCGCCGCCGCCGCUGCCAAACAAUCGCCAACAGGAUAUUAUUAUAAAAAG